CGGCUGUCUCCUGAGGGCGAGUUUGCUGUUGCUUCCCGGCUAGUGGAGGUGCAGCAAGCAGCAGCAGCUGCUGCUGCUGCCUUCUCAUUCACUGAAAUCCCAACAGCAGCAGCAGCAGCAGCACCUGCUGCUGCUGCUGCUGUCGCUGCGGGACCCAAAAGCGAGUUUCUGCUGCUGCUAAGGGAAGGCAGGAAGAGGCGCCUUGCUGCGAUCUUCUCGCUUGCAGUGCAAUUGGCGGGAACAGCACCAGACAGCGGAUCGCAGCAGCAGCAGCAGGAAGAACAGCAACAGCAGCGACAGCAGCAGGCGCCGCGGCAGCAGCUGCGGCUACUGCUGCUGCUGCUGUCCUGCUGGGAAGGAUCGGAAGCAGCUGCAGCAGAAGAGUUGAUGCAGCAUCUGCUGCAGCAGGUGUUCCCGGCUGUAUGUGCAGCUGGCGCUGCUACGCCUGAUGGCGACAGCAGCAGCAGAGAGAGCGAGAGCUGCUGCUGCUGCUGCUGCGCAGGAGCAGCGCCGCCUGGGAGGCACGGUAGGGCCAGCAGCAGCAGCAGCAGCAGCAGCAGCAGCAGCAACUGCUGCAGCAGCAACAGCAUAUGCAACCGACGCGUCCCUAUCUCAGUGCUGCAGGCGACCCUUAUUCGCGCCGUGGGGAGGCUCUUUGUCUGCUGCAAGAACAGCAACAGCAGCAACAGCAGCAACAGCAACACGAACAGUAGCAGCAGCAGCAGCAACAACAGCAGCAGCAACAGCAGCAGCAGCACGCUAGUGGCCUUUAUAAGGUACGGGGCUCUGCUGCUGCUGCCGGGUGUCUCUGCUGCGGCGCUUGAAGAGGCAACGAGUCAGCUGCUGCCGCUGCUGCUGCUUGAUGCUGCAGUUCCGACGGAGGAGAGCAGCAACAGCAGCAGCAGCAGCAGCAGCAGCAGCAACAGCAGCAGCAACAGCCAGGCACUGGUGCCAAUGCAGGAGGCCCGGAGUAUAGUGCUGCUGCGGCCUACAGCAGCAGCUGCAGCAGCAUCAGCAGCACCAGCAGCAGCCUUUGCUGAGACGCACUGCUUAGGGGUCGCCUCUACUGCUACAAGUCCUGCUGCUGCCUUAUCUGCUGCAGCACGGGGGGAAGCAGCAGCUGCAGCAGCAGCAAACCUCCAUCUGCUGCCUGCCUGCUGCAUCUGCGGCACCACCGCAAGACUCUCACUGACAGAAGCAGAUGCAGCAACAGCAGCAGGAGCAACAGCAGCAAUAGCAGCAGCAGCAGCAACACCAGCAGCCACAAUCCUGACGUGCGGAAGCUGCGGCUACCCUUAUAUGCCAACGCCGCUGCAGAUGACUGCAGCAGCAGCAGCAGCAACAGCAGCAACAGAAACAGCAGCAGCAGAGUCUCCACUGGCUAUGCUGCUGCGGUGCUGCGCAGCAGCACGGGAAGAUGGGCGUUUGCUGCAGCAGGAAGCAUUCUUACCUCUGCUGCUGCUGUUGUGUUGCUGCUGCUGCAGGCUGCUGGAGCUGCAGCAGCAACACGCUCUGCAGCAGCAAGUGAGGUAUCUGCUUCAUUGCGUAUUGCAUAAAACAGCUUCCCAGCAGGAGCCUCUUGCAGCUGCUGCGGCUGCUGCUGCUGCUGCUGCAGCUGGGCUUCCCCCGCUGGGAACCGCUCCUCCUGCUGCUGCUGUUGCUACAGCUGCUGACGGCAGCAUCAGGAAGGACAGUGUAUUGCUGCAGCACGUGCAGCAGCAGCAGCAGCAGAGCAGCCUGAAGCAGCAAGCACUGUGUGCGCCGCUGCUGGCUUUGCUGCUGCUGUCUCCUGUCUCUGUGUUCUCCCCUGCUGAGCUGCCUUGCAACAGCAGCAGCAGCAGCAACGACAGCAACAGCAACAGCACCAGCAACAGUAACGAAUGCAACACGGAAGCAGAUGCUGCUGCUCCUGCUGCUGCUGCUUGUAUCUCUGUCUGGCUGCUGCUGCACUUGGCCCUGCGAGCGAAUUCCAUAUAUGUAGAUAUGUGCUGCUGCCCCGAGAGCAGCAGCAGCAGCAGCAGCAGCAGCAGUGACGUUAUCAUUCGGAUGUUAGAAACGCCGCAGCAACAAGCAGCAAAGGCUCCUCUGCUGCUGCUGCUGCAGUCUCCUGCAUUGCUACUGAGGCUGCUGCCUCCCUUCCCAGACAGUUUGCUGCUGCAGCAGGAAGAAAAGCACCAACAGUUGCUGCUGCAACUGUGGGGUGAGGACGCAGCAGCAGCAGCAGCAGCACCUCCUGGAGCGCUGCUCCAGAAGCUGCGCCUUUGUCUUCUCCUCUCCCCCGUAAGCCUUAAAGCAGCAGCAGCAGCAGCAGCAGAUGCUGCUGCUGCUGCUGGUGCUGCAGCAAACACAGCUGCCACCAAUUCGCUUCUCACCAACGAAAAGCUAAUCACUCCGUCGCAAUGCAGCAGCAGCAGCAGCAGCAAGAACAGCAGCAGCAGCAUGUGCCUUGGUGCUGUUUGGGUGUACGCGCCGCUGCACCUGCAGCCUUUGCUGCAGCAGCAUUUUAUGGCUGCGUCUUCCGAAGCAGCAGCAACGGCAGCAGCAACGGCAGCAGCAGCAGCAGCAGGAACAUCAUCUGUUGCUGCUGCGCUUGCUGCUACGAAGGAUGCUUCUUUUACAGGAGACAGCGGAAAUCUGCUGCUGCGCUGCACGUCUCUGGUGCCGCUGCUGCUGUGUGCUGCGCGUCUGCAUCCUGGUGUUGCUGCUGCUGCUGAGCAGCAAGGCCUGCAGCAGCAGCAGCACCAGCACCUGCAGCAGCAGCAUCAACAGCCAGUAGACAGAUGCUGCCUGUACACCCCGUCACUGCAGCAGGCUGUUGCAGCGGUCCUCCACGAGCAGAGAGAACAGCAGCAGCAGCAGCAGCAGCAGCAACAGCAGCAGGAGGAGCAGCAGAAGGCCCUUGUUUCCUUUCUUCCUUACCGGGUGUAUGUACACCCCAACGGAGUUGCAGCAGCAUGGCUUGCUGCAGAUGCUGCUCUGCUGCUUCGUGCUUUGUUUCGGCGGCUGCAUGCAGCAGCAGCAGCAGCAACAGCAGCAGCAGCCGCAGCAGCAGCAGCAACAGCAACAGGGAACGGGGGUCGCAUCAUGUGGUUCAAUGCUGCAACACCAGCACUGCUGCAGCGGCUGCAGCAGCUCACGCUGCUGCUGCGCUGCUGGGGUGUAUCUGCAGCAGCAGCAGCAGCACAUGCAUGCGGCGGAGGCUGCUGUCUUGACAGCCUCUUCAAUUUGUUCUGGCGCAGCAGCAGCAGAUCGCCUGUUGGCUUUAGCAGCAGCAUAUACAGCAGCAGCAGCAGCAGCAGCAGGAGAGCUGCUGCUGCUGUCUUUAAAGGAGGGCUGCUGCUGCUGCUGCUGGGCUCUCAGCGCUACCGUCUGGUCUCCGGGGAGGUGCAGCAGCACUCGUUGCUGCGGCGCUCAUUGCUGCUGCAGCGCAAACAGCAGCAGCAGCAGCAGCACCAGCACAACGCUGCUGCUGCUGCUGCUGCUGCCUCCGCUGCUACUGCUGCUGAUGAAGCAGCAGCAGAAACGCAGUUGCUGCUCAACGUGCUGCUGCCGUUUCGGUUUGCUGUUGCAGCCUGGAAGACAAAUAUUACCCUUCUUCCGGGGCUGAGUCUGCUGCAGCAGCUGCCGCCUCUUGACGGUUUAAUCUUUUAUUUGCUGCUGCUGCUACCUCCAUCGCCAGCAGCAGCAGCAUUUGUUUCGAAGUUGCUGCUGCUGCACUACAACAGCAGCAAAGAAAAGGAUCUCGGCGCUGCAUGCAGCAACAGCAGCAGCAGCAGCAACAGCAACAGCAACAGCGGGGCCCAAGCCAUUGCUGCUGCGAGCGACGAGGAAGCCUCUGCUGCUGCUUUGCUGCAUCAGCAGAAGCAGCGGCAGCAGCAGCAACAGCAGCAACAGCAGCAAAUUCUUUUCUUCGUUGUGCUGCGCUGCGCACAUUACGUGGCAACCCGUACGCUGAAGCAGCAGCAGGAGCAGCAGCAGAAGAAGCAGCAACAGCAACAGCAGCAGCAGCAGGAGCAGCAAGCAGCAAGGCAGCUUCCCAGCUGCACUGGCAACUCCCACGGCGACAGCAACACAGCGAAGCAGCAGCUGCUGCAGUGCGUCACCUUGUUGCAGAGCGGUGUGGAUUUGCUGCAGCAGGAGACGGAGCUGCAGGCGGAGCCCAUAUCAAUGACAGCGCUGGUGCAGCAGCACCUGCUGCAGGUCGUGGAGGUCCUGCGGCUUUGUCUUGUAGCCCCAAGCAGCAGCAGCAGCAGCAGCAGCAGUGCAGCAGCAGCAACUCUGCUCUAUCGCCGCAGCUUCCUGCGGCUGUUCGUCCCGCCGGUGUCUCUGCCGCUGCUGCUUCGCCUCCCUGUGCUGCGGCAGCAGCAGCAACAGCAGCAGAAGCAGCAGCAGAAGCAGCAGCAGCAGCAGCUGAGCCUGCCGCCAGCACCAAACUCAGGAGCAGCAGCAAGUAUAGCAGCUGUGCAGACGCUGCAGCUGCUGCUGGACGCAGCAGGCAGCGAACUUGUGGAGACGCGGGCAGCAAAGCUGUUGGGCUUUCUAGACCUCUGCAGCGGUGUAGCUCAAUGUUCGCUUUCAGUGCUGCGGUGUAUAUACAGCUGCGUUGCUGCCUUUUCUCCUGCGUCUUUGCUUCGAUUCCUUCCCUAUCUGCUGCAGCAGCUGCAGCAGUAUGGACUGCAUGCAGAGCAGCAGCUGCGCCGCUGCAGCAGCAGCUCCAGCAGCAGCAGCAGCAGCAGCAGCAAUGGUGAUAGGGAGAGGUCAGUCUGCAGCUGCAGCAGCUGUGCUGCAGCAGAUACGAUGUACAGCGAGUUGUGGGGUUUGCUGCUGCUGCUGCUGGCAAAGGCUCAAGAUGCUGCAGCAGCAAACGAGCAGCAGCUUCCGCUGCUAUGUGCUGCUUUCGCUUGCACGCCGGUGCUGCCGCCGCUGCAGCAGCUACUGCCAAGCGACCCUGCAGCAGCAGCAGCAACAGCAGCAACGCAGCAAUGCAGCACCAGCAGCACCAGCAGCCUCCUAUCGCAGCAGCAACCCAAAACCCCUUUGCUGCGGUUGCUGCAGUUUUACUGCUUGCUGCCUGCGUUUCUGCUGGAGCAGCAGCAGUGGCGAAUCCUCAGCAGCAGCAGCAGCAGCAGCAGCAGCAAUGGGUGGUGUAGCGGUGCCUCUUCUUGGCAGCUGGAGGAUCUGCAGCAGCAGCUGCAGCAGCAGCGCAGCGACUACUUGCAUGCGCAGCAGCAGCUGCCGCUGCUGCUGCUGCGCUGCUGCGCCGUGGGGGUGUUUCUGUGUAGCAGCUUUCCUUACUUAACUCGCUUUGCUGCUGCUCAGUGUUUGCUGCAGUUGGUGCGUUGCUGCAGCGUGCCGCUGCUGCUGCAGCAGCAGCAGCAGUUGUUGCUGCUGCAGCUACAGCAGCAGGAAGCGCAUGCCCUGCCUUCGGAAGAGCAGCAGCAACAGCAGCAGCUGCUGCUGCUGCUGCAGAAGCUACUGGGGGCCCUCAUCAACAGCUUGCAAGGGGUAAUGGUAGAGCUGCUGCACUCUACCGAUCCUCUAGCUUUGUGCUGCUGCCAGAUCUUGGGGCAUCUCGAGCCUUUCAGCAGCAGCAGCAGCAGCAGCAACAGCAGCAGCAGCAGCAGCAAGGUGCCAUGCUCCUCAGCAGUAGCAGAUCUGCUGCUAAAAGGGACAGACGGUGCUGCUUCAAGCAGCCAGCAGCAGCAGCAGCAGCAGCAGCAAGGAAAGGGCAGCAGCAACAGCAGCAGCACGCAAGCUCGCCGCAGCACCAGCAGCAGCAGCAGCAGCAGCAGCAGCAGCAGCAGCAGGUGGCAGAUAGCAGCAGACGGGGCACUAGGAGUAGUUUUGCUGCAGGAUUUGCUGCUGUCCCACCUUCAUUUGUCUGUUGCAGAAAGAACAGCACAAGAGCUGCUGCGUGUCUUGGGCCUCCACCUAAAUUCAAACCCAGGUCGCGCUGCAGAGGUGUUUCCGCGCAUGUAUAAAGCUUUUGUGCGGCAGCAGCAGCAGCAGCAGCAAAAGCAGCGGCAGCAAGAGGAGCAACAGCAGCAACAACAGCCGCAGCAGGGGGAGGAGCAGCAGCAGCAGCAGCAGCAGCUUGCAGGAGACAAUCCCUUUGCUCUCAACUCCUUCCGGGGCUUUCUAUGGGCUCAGCUGUUUCGUUCAGCAGCAAAAGUAGCGCUGCUGCCGUACGUCAGCAGCGCAUACAAACACUGGACAGGCAGCAGCAAGACCAGUAGCAGCAGCAGCAGCAGCAGCAGCAGCAGCAACACCAGCAGCAGCAACACCAGCAGCAGCAGCAGCAGCAGCAGGAAGACCAUAAGCAGCAGCCAACACAGAAGCGGCAGCUCUGCUUCAGCGGAGACGGGAAGAGGCAGAAAACGCAAAGCAGAAGUUGCUGCAGCAGCAGAAGCAACAGAAAGAAUAACAAACGGCAGCAGCAGCAGCAGCAACAACAACAACAACAACAACAGCAGCAACGGCAGCAGCACUCUUGCCUUGUCUGUCAACUCUCCACUGCAGUCGUUUGUGCAUUGGCUGCUAAAUUCCCUCGAGCAGCAGCAGCAGCAGCAGCAGAAGGAAGGUAGCAGCUCAGCCAGCAGCAGCAGGAGCAGCAGCAGCAGAAGCAGCAGCAGCAGCAGCAGCAGCAGCAUCCGCAUUCAGAUCUUCCGCGCAUGCGAUUUGGCUCUGCUGCACCUGCCGUUUUGCCUCUCCUUUUUGCUGCCGCAUCUGACUGAAGCAUUUCUCUCUUCAAGAUGUACCGCCCCAGAACAGGCAGGAAGCCUCCUUUGUGAGCGGCUGCUGCAGCUGGUGGCAACAGAACUGCAGCGCAAUGUAGGAGCCAACAGCAGCAGCACAAGCGGCAGCAGCAGCAGCAGCAGUAGUAGGAGCAGCAGCAACAGGCCGGUAGCAGAGGGAAUCUCAGUUGGUGACACGGAGGCGCAGCAGCAGCAACAGCAGCAGCAGCAGCAGCAGCAGAACGAACAGCAGCGAAAAGCAGCUGCUGCAGACAGCGCGUCAACGAUUCAGGCUGUCUUCUCGCUGCUGCAGAAGCUCUCACGCUGGCGACGGCAGGUGGAGGAGCAGCAGCUGCCGCUGGUGUUGCAGCGGCAGCAGCUGCUGCAGCAGCAGCUAGCAAAGGUUCAGACUCCAACAGCAGCAACAGCAGCGACAGCAGCAACACCAACAAUAGCAGCAACUGCAGCAUCUCCUUGUGGAGGUGCUAUGCUUAACGGCAGCAGCAGCAGCAGCAGUGGCAGCCCCCAGCAGCAAGCUGUGAUACAGCAGCAACUGCAGCAGCUGCAGCACCAGCAGAAGCUGCUGCAGCAUCAACUGAUUGCUAUUAAGAGCACUCUUGAGGGCCUCGACCCGCUGCUGCUGUCUCGUGCUGCUCUUUCCUGUGGAGCAUACGCGAGGGCUUUAUGUUUGGUGGAGCAGCACAUUGCUCGCGAUUUGCUGCCGCUAAAGGACCUCCACCGCCGGCUGUGGGGGGCGCCAGCAUCAGCUGCUGCAGCACCAACUGCAGCAGGAACUGCAGCAGCAACAGGUAGUGACAUGACGGAUGCUUGUCUGGACGACGGAUACGACGAGGUGUCAGUGCAGCUGCUGCUGCAGUCAUACAGAGGCCUCAAAGAACGAGAUUUGCUGCUUGCUGCAGUGGAGUGCUGCCGCGUUGCUGGGGUGUACAGACAGCGUAGCAGGCUUGCUGCUGCACCAGCAGCAGCAGCAGCAGCAUGUACCGGUGCUGCUGCUGCUGGACCGGAGAAAGACCCACAGCAGCAUCAGCAGGCUGUGCUGCAGCAGCUGCAGCAACAGCUGCAACGGCAGCAGCAAAUUGCACACGUGGAAGGCUUUGCUUUAGAGUUGUGCUGCAAGUGGAGACGAGCAGCAGCAGCAUACAGCAGACGUCUCCUUCAACUGCAGUGCAGCAGCAGCAGUAACAGCAGCAGCAGCAGCAGCAGCAGCAGCGCGUUGCUGGCGUUCUGCAAGACGGCGUUGGCAGCAGCAGCUGCGGAGUCGUCCCCCCCAUCUGUACGAGCAGCAGCAGCAGCCGCAGCAGCAGCAGCAAACUCAGCAGCAGCAGCAGCAGCAGCAAUUUGGUGUGGGCUCUUCCGUUGCAUGCGCAGAAGCGGCGGUGGUGUUGCUGCUUGGCCUCAGCCGCACGAAGUGCUGCGCUUGCUGCAGCAGCAGCAGCUGCAGCAUCUGCUGCUGCUGCUGCCGCUCCCCGCACCCACCUCCUCGCAGCAGCAGCAGCAGCAACACCAACAGCAACAGAGAAUGCAGCAGCUCGUGCAGCAGUUUAGAGAUUGUCUCUGUCGCUCUGCUGCUGCAGCAGGAGGUGCCUGGCAGUGGGAACAGCGGCGAGAGCAGCAGCGGCUGCUGAGCAUCGCUGACAGUGCUGCUGCUGCAGCAGUAGCACCUGCUGCUGCUGCUGCUGCUGCUGCGGAUGCUGCCUUCACGGAAGGUGAUUUGGGUGCUGCAGCAGCCGCAACAGAAGCAGAGCUGCAACAGCAAAGAGGCCUAUGGGCAGAGGCAGCAGCAGCUUGCUGCAGCCUCAGCAAGUGGAAUGAACUUCCUGCGUUGCUGCAGUCUGCUGCUGCUGCUGCUGCUGCACCCUCUGCUACUGCUGCUACGUCCCCACAAGCAGCAGCAGCAGCAGCAGGUGACAGCUGCACGGCGCUGCUGCCUCAAGCGGAGCCGACAGAAAGCAAUUUUCUGCUGCAGCACGCUCGUCUGUUGCUGCUGCUGCGGGGCGUGGUGCAGCAGCAGCAGCAGCAACAGCAACAGCAGCAGCAGCAGCAAGGCUGCGUCGGGUGUAUGGUUGGAUCUGAGCUGCAAGAGGCCAUGCAGCAAUCUCUAGGGCAUGUUGCUGCAGCACUUAAAGAUUCUUUGCUUCGCGCUGCUGCUCACCUCUCUCACCUCCAUAUCUACGCGGACCUUGAGAUUAUCUGCAGCCGUGUGGGCAUAGUGCUGUGGCCUGGGCCCACUGACAGCUACUGCAGCAGCAGCAGCAGCAGCAGCAGCAGCAGCAGCGAGUGCUGCAGCAGAUGCGGUGUAACUGCAGCUUGGAAGCGUCUUUCUGCUGAGCAGCAAUAUUGUCUUGCUGCGCUGCUUGUUGAUAGGGCGCUUCUGAAUGCAGCAGCAGGAGCAGCAGCAGCAGCAGCAGGACCAGCAGCAGCAGCAAAAGGACUGGUUGCUGAGCAGCUAGGAGCAGCAAAGAUGGCGCUAGAGUGUCUGCAGCAGCCUAUUGCUGCUGCUGCUGUUGGCGUUGCACUGCAGCAGCACUGCCCAGGUGUCAAGACACCAGGAGAGGUUUGCAUUGCGCAUUACAAACAAGUAGAGGCUUUCCUGCAGCAGCAGCAGCAGCAGCAGCAGCAGGUGGGUGGAGAGCUGCUGCUACAGCAGCAGCAGCAGCAGAAGGAGCUGCUGCAGUGGCAGCAGCAGCUGCUGAAUAAACUCGGAGUUGAUAUGAGGAUGGCCCACGCUAAACAACUGCUUAAAAAGGCAAGACAGAAGCAGCAGCAGCAGCAGCAGCAGCAACAGCAGCAGCUGCAGCACAGCAGCAGCUGUUGCUCCUGUGUGUGUUUUGCGUGGGGGAAGCAACGGAAGUGUCUGUCUCUCCUAGAAUCGAUAUCUAAUGUCUCUUUUGCUGCGCGGGUGACGCUGCUGCACUUGAAGGCGCAGCAGCUGCUGCUGCCUCCGCAGCAAGUGCUGCAGCAGUUUGAAGUGCUUGAGCGGGAACAGAGGCAGCUUCAGCAACAGCAGCAGAAGCAGCAGCAGCAGCAAGUGCUGCUGCAGCAAGACAGUGUGCAGCAAGAUUUAUUCUUUUGCUUUGCUGCAUUCAUAGACUCUCUAAUAGAGGAGGCGCUGCAGCGUGACGCCCUGUUGCUGCUGCCGCAGCAGCAGCAGCAGCAGCGUGGCAGCAGCAGCAGCAGCAGCAGUGAUCCGUUCUUCGCUUAUCCUCUGACCUCGCACUCAGGGAAGCGAAAGACCAGCAAGCUGCAGCAGCAGCAGCAGCAGCAGCAGCAAGAGGCGCAGCAAAAUGGAAGCAGCCGCCCCACACCUAAGGACAAGGAAGAGCUGACGCUGUCUUUUUUGGUGUGCGAGUCAAUCCGGCUGCAUCUCUUAGUGCUGCAGCAGCAGCAGCAAGUCUCCCUCUACCUUCAACAGCAGCAGCAGCAGCAGCAGCAGCAGCAGCAGGGGCUUGAAGAGGGAGGGGUUUGUUACCGGCCUGAGCAGCAGCACCUGCAGUGGCAUACUCAGCUGCAGCAGCAGCAGCAGCAACAGCAGCUGCUGCUGCAGCAACACACAAGUCUCCAUCGUUUGCUAGCCCUCGCCUUCUCCUUCACUACCCCUGACACCUUUGUGGGGCCGAGGCUUCAGAUUGAUGCUGCUAUUGCUGCAGGACAGCAACAGCAGCAGCACCAGCGCCGCUGCCGCAGCAGCAGCAGCAGCAGCAACAGCAAACGUUGUUGUUUGUGUGCGCAUGCAGCGUUUUACUGA